AUGCGCUCGGCGGCUUCUCGCCCAAUGCUAAAUCUGGGAAGCCAAUUUAUUUGCACCGCUUGUCGACGAGCAGGAUAUGAUGUGCUUCGUCAACCGGGCUUCCGCCCUCUCCACGCAUCGCCAAUCUUCCAACGACCCCGCCGCCGGGAGUUCUUUUCCUCCAAUACGUCGUUAAUGAGCCAGUCAGCACAAAAAACAGACGGGCAGAGGGACGGGUACUCGGUUGAUUCCGUCGUCGAAGCAGCAACACCUGCGCAGAAACGAAAGACCGCACGUUCCCCGGGCACCAAGACCUCGCUGCGAAGAGUUGGAUUGGAGGCCCAGAGAUCCAAAGCUGGCCUGACGAAGCCAAGCGUGAGACCAUAUGAAGAGGCAGAACAAACACCCAAACUUGUGACGGCGUACGCUGUUGCAGAACAAUUUGACCUAGCCAAAGUUGUCGAGAUUCUUCGCAACAAAGGCUACGAGCCCGAUCCACUCGGCACUGGACUAUUUCCGCAGGUCGUCCACGUACAAAUCCCCAUCUCAUCAAUCUACCGUUCGACCAAUCCUUCCGCAAGAGAUCUUUCGUCCACAGAAGUUGGCGAUGUUUUCGUCUUCCCGUCGGGCACGGUGGUAACGUGGGCUUUACCGGAUGGGUUCACUUCAUACUUUGCAACACGCACUCUUCUCCCCGCAGCAGACGACCCUCAUAAGGAACCAAUUGAGACGGAGGAUCUGGAUUACAUCGAGGAUCCGAACCGCGAACACAGUCUCAUCCGCGGUGACACCAUCAUCCUGGGAACCAAGAAGUCAGACUAUCAGGAACCGGCCUCAACCGCGGACCCUCAACAGGUCGAAUCACAUUUCCAGACUGUGGAUACAGUCCUCACCAAGAUCGCCUUUUCCUCCGGGUUUGCUCGCUCCACCAAACUCGCCGUCCUUGAGACAAACCUCUCCACCUAUCUAGCCUCUACGGCGGACAUUCCGGCCCUCCUAGCAAAGGGUUCCCGGCUCCCGUUCAAACUCUCCCGUGACUUCAUCUCCCGCAAAACCGGGCAACUCCUCCUCCUUCGCGCGCAGCUAAACCUCUACUCCGAGCUCACCGACUCUCUCCCUGAUCUCUUCUGGGACUCGCGGCACGAACUCAACCUGGAAAACUACUACGAUCAAGUCGGCCGAGCGUUGGAUGUAGGGAUCAGGAUCAAAGUGUUGAACGAGAAGAUGGACUACGCAGCAGAGAUUGCGACUGUGCUGAGGGAGAGACUGAGCGAGAAGCACGGGUUGUUCUUGGAGUGGACCAUCAUCGUCCUGAUCGCGAUAGAGGUGGGAUUCGAGGUCUUGAGAUUGUGGAAGGAAGGCUUUUGGGAGGAAGUCUGGGAGAAUGGCGGUGGCCCUCCGAAGAAGGCAAAGACCCUGUAG